UGCAUGUGGCUGAUUUAAUAACAGUCUCUUUCUACAUAGUGAAUAAUUCUGCUUUUUGAUGGAUUCAUGCUACUCGAUGAACUUGCUUCUUUAAUAAACUGCAAUAUAUACUGCCUGAUAUACUGUCAUUUUUAAUUACAAACUUUGUGUAAUUAUGGAUGACCAAUACAUGGAAGAGACUGAUCGAAAUGAUGAAUAUGCUUUGCAGUAUUGCCAAAGUCAUUAUACCGAUGAGAGUGAGGUAAUUGUAAAGAUGUAUCGAUCAUUGGAUAAUGUAGAUUAUAUUCAAGUCAACAUUCCUGAUACUGAUACAGAGGAAGAAUGUGCUGAAGAUCUUAUAGAAAUACAGUCAAAACGUAUUGAAAAUGCUAGUAAGCCUGCACAACAAAAUAUUGAUUCCAGUGAUAAUGAAAAAAUGGAUAUUUCUAGCAUGAUUCUCAAGCUAGUUGCAGUUUAA